GAUGGAGCGGCUGACACAGAUGAAAGAUGAGUCAACCUACAACUUGAGUGAGAACAGAGGAUUUCCUGUCCUUCCUCCUCUGCCCAGGACCUGCGAUGAAGACCCCUCUGAUCUAUAUCAGGUAAUGUUAUCUCAGAGGAGACUGCACAACCAUUACCCACCUAUUCUCCAGUUCAACUCCUGGAUCCUGCUAGUUCCUUACAAAGAGCUGAGGCACCAUCGAACCCCGAGUCAGUGUAUUGGGAACAAUUACAGCCCCCGCGCCCAAGAUCUCAACAUCGCCAAACUCAAGCAGAAGAAAUGCAGGCUGCGCCCAACAAGAACUAGAUCCAGUAAGACCUCUGUUCUUCCAUAUUUUGCCAGGUUUCAUGGUUCAGUGACACCUCUACCCCCUCUGUCGAAAAAAGCGCCCCGAAGUCGCUCCAUAAGUCCCAAGGAACAGCGAGAUAUCAUGAUACAUCAGGAAAAGAAAAACAAUAACCUAGACCCCACGGAUAAAGACUUAAAGAGGUAUGAGUACUACAUCAACACUGUCCCGUGCGCCAUGCUGCCCCCGGAGCCCGCUCACCAGAUGGACAACAUUCUGAGCCUGCUUCCCCCUCUUAGUGUGGGGGAGAAACACAACCUCAAAGUGCAAUUAUUACGAGCCAGCCUGGAGGAGGAGGUCAAAAAUAACUAUAUCUUUGCGCUCAAGAAAUGUAUAGUGGACUACAUCCUCAUGGAGCCCUCCGAGCACCAGAGGCUGUCUAUCGGCUGCAUCCCACAACCCUUCCCUCAGAGGGUGGUCCGAGCUCCGGUGCCCUGGGCCCGCAGCUACAGUCUGGCUAAAGAGUGGCACCAGCAGCACCUGUUCACCGUCAGCCAACUCAUGUUCCAACUGCAAGACGUAUGGAUCAGCAGCUUUUCCUCCUUGCGGUUUGUUCAUCUUGAAGACCUGUUCUCUGCCAAUCUCCCUCUGCUUCCUUCUGAAUUUGAAGAGCUCAUUCAGAAACAGUGCCAAAGAACACGCGAGGACCUGCUGAAGCGGUGGCUGCCUCAAUGUGUGUCCCUGUGUCGGGCCUUUGAGGAGCUGUGGUUGCCCUUGGUGAUGUCUAAAGAGGAGCAGGCCUCUUCUCUCUUUUCUGUGGAGCUGUUUAACUGUGUGGCCACGCUCAUGUCUCUGCAGCUCCGUAGCCUCGUCAUCAGCUCACUGGAGGGUCUCCUCUACUUCUUCAACAUACACAAGGAGGGCAAUGACUUUGGCACGUCCUUCAGUGAGCUGCAGUACACUCAGGCUCAAGUGCUGGUGCUUAAGCUCAGGGUGCACCAGGCUCACAUCAGCUUUGAGCCCAGCUUUGAGCAGUGCUGGCUCUACAUCUACAGGGCCUUCAUGGAGAUCAUUAAGAGCGCUAAGGACAUACCAAGGGUGGAAUGUCUCCUUUUUCCAUACCUGGAGGAGUUACACCUCGGCACUGUCCACCAAGAUGAGAUGUUGGUCACAGACAUCAUCCACAAAGCCCGAAAGGUUUUUGACAAGAACACAGUGGGACCUCUCAAGUACUUGAAUGUAUAUACAAAGUACGGAAAUUUACUGGACGGCACUGCAAAGCAGGAGGUUGCCGAAUUCCUGAAAGAGAAGCACUCAUUGCAGGGAUUUUCUAAGAAAAUCGAAAAUAUCAGACUAAUAUGGAGAGAGAUUGCCUUGAUGCGUGUUACCGUGCCUCUGUCCAUGUUUUGUUUAUAUGCUAGCACUUUAAAUGAAGACUUAUGUCACCGCACUAACCAGCUCAAACACCUGAUAGUCACGUUUGAAGAGGACGAAAAUCGAGACCUCAACAAUAAAAUCUGUCAGAAGUAUCAGGACAUAAGUGACACCAUUAGAAGCAUUCCCAAAUCCACAGAGGAGCUGAUGAACCUAAACCAGUUUAUAAAGCAUACCAGUGAUGUGACAGUGCACAGGCUGAUAGAGGAAAUUGAUGAAGCCGUGUUCCGCCUGAACUUCUUACUGGACUACGCCACUUUGUCAUCUGAAGACAUCCGGUUAAACUCCAGUGUGUUCCAGUGGCCUACAGAGAUACAGACUGAGCUGGAGCUGAGUAAGAACCACUUGUCUGACAUGAAAGACCAAGCAGAGGACAACCUCCACACAAGGUUAUUUGAAUAUGAGCAGACUCUACAAAAGAUUAACACAGACAUCCAGGCCUUCAAGAAGAAGGAGAUCAUCCCAGAGGAGAUGAAGGCCAAUGUUGUCAGCCUCACUCAGAUCAAUGCCAGUCUGGAAGCUGCUGUCACUGAGCUGGAGGACAUCAACAAAGAGCAGACUCUGCUGGAGAGGGAGCAGAGUGAGUUCCCUCUGCUGCAGGUUCUCAUCACAGACAAACAGCUUUACGAACAGCUGUGGACCACGGCUCUCAACUUCGAGACCAUGUCCAAGGUCUGGAUGAACGGUCCGUUCAAACACCUGGAUGCAGAGAAGAUAGCCAAUGAGCUUGAUGUGAUGUGGAGGACCAUGCAAAAGCUGACCAAAGCUCUGUCCAACCUCCCCGGGCCCUGUCGAGUGGCCAAGUUCUUCAAAAACGAGAUUGACCAGUUUAAGCAGCACCUGCCUGUCCUCACCACUAUCUGUAAUCCCGGCAUCAAGGACCGCCACUGGGAACUGAUCAGCUCUAUUGUGGGUGCACACGUAAAGCAUGAUGACCAGAGCUCUCUUCUCCAAAUGCUCAACCUGGGACUCUCCAAAUUCUCCACCCAACUGGAGGAGCUCAGCGCUUCAGCCAGUAAGGAGUAUUCUCUUGAGAAGAACAUGGCCAAGAUGAAACAAGAAUGGACAGAACUUUGCUUUACAUUUAAUGUCUACAAGGAUUCUGGUACACAUAUAGUGACGGCCGUGGAUGAUAUCCAAGUACUCCUGGAUGACCACAUAAUCAAGACACAGACAAUGCGAGGAUCGCCUUUCAUCAAACCUAUUGAGGCUGCAUGCAAGGAUUGGGAGGAGAAACUGCUGAGCAUGCAGGACAUCAUGGACUCCAUGUUGAAGUGCCAGGUCACAUGGCUUUAUCUGGAGCCCAUCUUCAGCUCAGAGGACAUCAUAGCACAGAUGCCUGAAGAGGGACGCAAGUUCGCCAUUGUAGACAGCUAUUGGAAAAACAUCAUUGGAGAGGCUGUCAAAGACACACAUGUGCUGGUGGCAACAGGGCAGCCCAACAUGUUAGAGAGACUGCAGGAGUCCAAUGUGUUUUUGGACGACAUCCUGAAAGGUCUCAACACCUACCUGGAGCAGAAGAGACUUUACUUCCCAAGAUUCUUCUUCCUGUCCAAUGAUGAGCUGCUAGAGAUCCUGUCUCAGACCAAAGACCCUCUGUGUGUGCAACCCCACCUGAAGAAAUGCUUUGAGGGCAUCGCCAAGCUGCACUUCACAGAGGAGCUGGAGAUCACAGGCAUAAUUAGCUCAGAGAAGGAGACUCUGCCCCUGUCCCAGAAGAUCUACCCAGCAGAAGCCAAGGGUAUGGUGGAGAAGUGGCUGCUGCAAGUUGAGCACCUUAUGCUCCGGAGUGUGCGGGAUGUCAUCUACCAGGGCCUAACCCAGUACGCAGAGUUACCUCGAAAGAAGUGGGUGCUGCAGUGGCCGGGCCAAGUCGUCAUCUGUGCCUCCUCCAUAUUCUGGACCAGUGAAGUGUCUGAAGCUAUCCAGAAAAACACUUUACCGGCCUAUGUAGAUCAGUGCAAUGCUCAAAUAGCUGACAUAGUGGACCUGGUGCGAGGGAAGUUAUCAGGAGGAGCUAGGAUGACCCUCGGAGCCCUCACUGUCAUAGAUGUACAUGCACGAGAUGUUGUGACCAAAUUGUCCCAGGACAAGGUCUCCUCGCUCAACGACUUUGCAUGGAUCUCUCAGCUGCGUUACUUCUGGGAGGAUGGAGAAGUAAUGCUCCGGAUGAUCACCACUUGUCUCAAAUACGGAUAUGAAUAUUUAGGCAACUCCCCUCGCUUGGUCAUCACCCCACUCACGGAUCGCUGUUACAGGACUCUGAUGGGGGCUCUGAAGCUGAACCUUGGGGGAGCUCCUGAGGGUCCAGCUGGAACAGGGAAAACUGAGACCACUAAGGACUUGGCAAAAGCUUUGGCCAAACAGUGUGUGGUGUUUAACUGCUCAGAUGGCCUGGAUUACAAAGCCAUGAGCAAGUUCUUUAAAGGACUUGCUCAGUCUGGAGCCUGGGCUUGCUUUGAUGAGUUCAACCGAAUUGAGGUGGAGGUGCUGUCCGUGGUGGCCCAGCAGGUCCUGUGCAUACAACAGGCUAUAGCUAAAAAUCUGAAAAAGUUCAUGUUUGAGGGGACAGAGCUCUCCCUGAAUCCCACCUGUUCCGUCUUCAUCACCAUGAACCCUGGAUAUGCUGGGAGAGCUGAGCUGCCCGACAAUCUCAAGGCCCUUUUUCGCACUGUGGCUAUGAUGGUGCCAGAUUAUGGUCUUAUUGGAGAAAUUUCACUGUACUCUAUGGGCUUCAUUGAAUCUCGCAAUCUGGCUCAGAAGAUUGUAGCCACGUACCGGUUAUGUUCGGAGCAGCUCUCCUCACAGCAUCACUAUGACUAUGGCAUGAGAGCAGUCAAGUCUGUGCUGACCGCCGCAGGGAACCUCAAACUCAAGUAUCCCCAAGAGAACGAGAGUGUGCUGCUGCUCAGGGCACUCAUGGAUGUCAACAUGGCCAAGUUUUUAGCCCAAGAUGUACCCCUCUUUCAGGGUAUCAUCUCUGAUUUGUUUCCUGGUGUAGUCCUUCCCAAACCAGACUAUGAUCUCCUCGUUAAAGCUCUGGACAACAAUAUCAGAAAGCUCAAACUACAGCCUGUGCCCUGGUUCAUUGGCAAAAUCAUUCAGGUAUAUGAGAUGAUGUUGGUGCGACAUGGAUUCAUGAUUGUUGGAGACCCACUGGGAGGAAAGACCUCAGCCUACAAAGUCCUUGCUGCUGCUCUUGGAGACUUGCACAAAGAAAACCAGAUGGAAGAGUUUGCUGUAAACUACUGCAUCAUUAACCCCAAAUCCAUCACCAUGGGGCAGCUGUACGGGUGUUUUGAUGCGGUCAGUCAUGAGUGGUCAAAUGGAGUCCUGGCUACUUCCUACAGGAACCAGGCGAUCUCUACCUCUGACGACCGCCAGUGGAUCAUCUUUGACGGGCCCAUCGACGCUGUGUGGAUCGAGAAUAUGAACACUGUACUGGACGACAACAAGAAGUUGUGUCUGAUGAGUGGAGAGAUCAUUCAGAUGAGUCCCAAGAUGAGUUUAAUCUUUGAACCAGCAGAUCUGGAGCAGGCCUCUCCAGCCACUGUCAGUAGAUGUGGUAUGAUCUACAUGGAGCCCCAUCAGCUAGGCUGGGCCCCUCUCAGAGACUCCUACAUGAACACUCUGCCACAGAGCCUGGAUGCAGAGCACAGAGAGCUGAUAGUGGACCUCUUUGAUUGGUUGGUUCCUGCGUGCCUCGACUUUAUUGACAGAGAGUGCCACUUCUUUAUCCAAACGUCGCCCAUUCAUUUGGCUUAUAGUUUAAUGAGGCUGUACUCUUGUCUCUUGGAUGAAAUACCAAAGUCCAACCUUGAAGGUGACUGUGCCAUGUCCAGCCAGCAGAUCACCAUGUGGUUGCAGGGUCUCUUCCUGUUUGCAGUGGUGUGGACUCUGGGAGGAACCAUCACUGGAGACAGCCGCAAGAAGUUUGACCUCUUCUACAGGGACCUGAUCCUGGGCACAAGCAAAGAGCACCCACGGCCCAGGAGUGUUAAACUCAAGAAGAACAACCUGUUCCCCGAGAGAGGUUCAGUAUAUGAUUACUACUUCCAUAUGGAUGGACAGGGUCAUUGGAACGUUUGGAUGGAUUCUAUCACCACAGCAGAGAACACAGUCUCACCCAAAGCAAAUGUAUCAGACUUGAUCAUUCCCACCAUGGAGACUGCCCGACAGCUGUUUUUCCUGCACACUUACCUGACCCAUGAGGUACCCAUGCUGUUCGUGGGGCCCACUGGAACUGGCAAAUCUGUUAUCAACAAUGAUUUCCUGGUCAAACUGCCCAAGGAAAAAUACACUCCCAACUGCAUCAACUUCUCUGCACGCACCUCGGCCAAUCAGACACAAGACAUCAUCAUGGCCAAACUGGACCGUCGACGGAAAGGCGUGUUCGGGCCCCCAGUGGGCAAGAAGUGUGUCAUCUAUGUGGAUGACCUAAACAUGCCAGCAAAAGAGAUCUAUGGAGCACAGCCUCCCAUUGAGCUGCUGAGACAGUGGAUCGACCACCAGCACUGGUAUGACAAAAAGGACACCUCCAGGAUCAACAUUGUGGAUGUGCUCUUCAUGUCUGCAAUGGGGCCCCCCGGUGGUGGCAAGAAUGACAUUACAGGCCGGUUCACCCGUCACCUGAAUGUGAUCUCUUUUGACUCCUUUGAUGACGAGACUCUCACAAAGAUCUUCAGUGCCAUCACAGACUGGCAUUUCAGCAAAGGCUUUGACGCUUCGUUCUACAGACUGGGGAAGAUGAUGGUGCAGGCCACUCUGGCUGUGUAUAAAGAUGCUAUAGAGGUGUUCCUGCCCACUCCAUCUAAGUCUCACUACAUCUUUAACCUGAGAGACUUUGCCCGAGUCAUCAAAGGAGUGCUGCUGGCUCCACACACACACAUACAGGAUGGUGACAAACUGAUCCGCCUGUGGAUUCAUGAGGUCUAUCGAGUUUUCCAGGACAGACUCAUCAAUGAUGAAGACAAGGAGGCUUUUUUCAACAUAGUCAAAGAGAGGACGUCAGCUUACUUUAAACAGACUGUAGACAAGCUCCUCAGUCACCUCAGCCCAGACGGAAAGAUCAGGGACGAGCACAUCCGCAGCCUGUUUUUUGGGGACUACGCCAAACCUGACACUGACACCAGAGCCUAUGACGAGAUUACAGACCUCCACGCCCUGCAGGAGGUGAUGGAGUUCUACUUGGAUGAGUAUAACAGCUGCACAAAGGCUCCCAUGGCUCUGGUCAUGUUCAAGUUCGCCAUAGAGCAUGUGUCCCGCAUCUGUCGAGUUCUCAAGCAAGACAACGGACACCUCCUGUUGGUCGGAAUUGGAGGAUCGGGCAGGCAGAGCUCUACUAAACUGGGCACUUUCAUAAAUGACUACAUCCUGUUCCAAAUUGAGCUCACGAAGAACUACAGCAUGACUGACUGGAGAGACGACCUUAAGAGAAUCAUGCUCAGAACUGGGGUGGAGGGGAGAAGUCUGGUCUUCCUGUUCAAUGACAGUCAAAUCAAAGACGAGGCCAUGUUAGAAGAUAUAAACAUGCUUCUAAACACCGGGGACGUGCCUAACAUCUUCGCAGCAGACGAGCGCGCUGACAUUAUUGAGAAGAUGCAGGGGAUCGCUCGCAUAGAGGGAAAAAAGAUCGACACCACACCACUGUCCAUGUACAACUACUUCAUAGACAGGUUGAAGACCAACCUCCACAUAGUGCUAGCCAUGAGCCCCAUAGGUGAUGCAUUCAGAAAUCGACUGAGGCAGUUCCCGUCGCUCAUAAACUGCUGUACCAUCAACUGGUUCCACGCUUGGCCCAACGACGCGCUGGAGAUGGUGGCCCACAAGUUCCUGGAGGAUGUGGAGCUGGAGGAUAACAUCAGGCAGGAAGUGGUGGAGAUGUGUAAGACCUUUCAAACCAGCGUUAGGGACAUGUCUGAGCAUUACUUAUCCAGACUGAGGAGGCAUAACUAUGUGACCCCCACCUCCUACCUGGAGCUUAUCCUCACCUUCAAGACUCUGCUCAACACCAAGAGGAGUGAGGUGGACAUGGCUCGCAACAGAUACAUCGUGGGCCUGCAAAAGCUGGACUUUGCUGCCACACAGGUGUCAGUGAUGCAACAAGAGUUGAUGGCACUGCAGCCCAAACUCAUCCAGACCUCUGCAGAGACAGAUAAGAUGAUGGCAAAUAUCGAGAAACAGACUGUGGAGGUGGAUGCUAAGAAAGAACUGGUGUCAGCCGAUGAGAAGGUGGCUAAUGAGGCAGCAGCAGCAGCUAAGGCCAUCAAGACUGAGUGUGAAGGGGACCUGGCAGAAGCUAUGCCUGCCCUGGAGGCUGCUCUGUCUGCUCUGGACACUCUGAAACCAGCUGACAUCACAGUGGUCAAGUCCAUGACAAACCCUCCAGGACCAGUCAAACUAGUCAUGGAGUCCAUCUGUGUGAUGAAGGGGAUCAAACCAGAGAGGAAACCAGACCCCAGUGGCUCAGGUAAAAUGAUUGAGGACUACUGGGGCCCCUCCAAGAAGCUGUUAGGAGAUCUGAAGUUCUUGGACAGUCUUAAAGCGUAUGACAAAGACAACAUCCCCGCUGCCUACAUCAAGAAAAUCAGAGAAAAGUUCAUCGACAACCCAGAAUUCCAACCGUCGGUCAUUAAGAAUGUGUCCUCUGCCUGCGAGGGGCUAUGCAAGUGGGUGCGUGCUAUGGAGGUGUACGAGCGUGUGGCUAAGGUGGUGGCACCCAAAAAGGAAAGGCUGAAGCGGGCCGAGGCCGAGCUGUCCAUGCAAAUGGACUUACUGGCUGUGAAGAAAGCCGAGCUCAAGACUGUGGAGGACCGACUGCGGGGACUGAACGACGAUCUGCAGGCCAUGAUCAAUAAGAAGCAGGAUCUGGAAGACAACAUUCAGCUGUGCUCCCAGAAGCAGGUCAGAGCUGAGAAGCUCAUCGGGGGACUGGGAGGGGAGAAGGACAGGUGGACAGAGGCAGUCAGGCUUCUGGGCAUCAGAUACAUUAAUCUGACUGGAGACAUCCUGCUGUCCUCUGGCACCGUGUCCUACCUGGGGGCCUUCACAGUGGACUACAGGACAGAGUGUCAGAAGCAGUGGCACGUUCUCUGUCAGGAGAAGAAGAUCCCCUGUUCAGAGGACUUCACCCUGAAUAGCACUCUGGGAAAUCAGGUGUCUAUCCGGGCCUGGAGGAUCGCUGGGCUGCCUGUGGACUCCUUCUCCACCGACAAUGGCAUCAUCGUCUUCAACUCGCGACGCUGGCCCCUCAUGAUCGAUCCCCAGGGACAGGCCAACAAGUGGAUCAAGAACAUGGAGAAAGCCAACAAGCUCUCUGUCAUCAAAUUAUCUGACCCUAACUAUGUGAGAGUCCUGGAGAACUCCAUCCAAUUCGGUACCCCUGUCCUCCUGGAGAACGUUGGUGAAGAACUGGACCCCAUUCUGGAGCCAGUGCUGCUCAAACAGACCUUCAAUCAGCAGGGCGUGGAGUACAUGAAGAUUGGGGAGAACAUCGUGGAAUACUCCAAAGACUUCCUCUUAUACAUCACCACGGGGCUCAGGAACCCGCAUUACCUUCCCGAAGUGGCCGUCAAAGUGUGCCUGCUCAACUUCAUGAUCACCCCUCAAGGUUUGCAAGACCAGCUCCUAGGACUGGUGGCUGCCAAGGAGAAACCCGACCUGGAAGAGAAGAAGAACCAACUCAUUCUGGAAAGCGCUGCCAACAACAAACAGCUGAAAGAGAUCGAGGACAAGAUCUUACAAGUGCUCUCCUCUUCUAAAGGCAACAUUUUAGAAGAUGAAACUGCCAUCAAAAUAUUAUCUAUGUCAAAAAUAUUGUCUGAGGAGAUUUCAGAGAAGCAGAAAAUAGCUAGCAUGACGGAGAAGGAAAUUGACAAUACUCGCUUGGGCUACAGACCUGUGGCUGUACAUUCCUCUAUUUUAUUUUUUUGCAUAUCCGAGCUCGCCAACAUUGAACCUAUGUACCAGUAUUCACUAAUGUGGUUCAUAAAUCUCUACCUGUUUUCCAUUGCUCAAAGCUUAAAAAGUGACAACAUGGAGGCAAGAAUCAGGAACAUCAUGGACCAUUUCACUCUGAGCAUCUACAAUAAUGUCUGCCGAUCGCUGUUUGAGAAGGAUAAACUACUCUUCUCCUUGCUUCUCACCGUUGGCAUCCUACAAGGCAAAGGUAAAGUUGAUCAAGAGGUAUGGCACUUUCUGUUGACCGGCGGGAUCGCUUUGGACAACCCACACCCAAACCCUGCUCUGGAAUGGCUGUCUGACAAAUCCUGGUCAGAAAUUGUGAGAGCGUCUAGACUCCCGAGCUUGCAAGGCCUCUACGAACAUGUCCAGAAGAAUGUUUUGCUGUGGAAAGACCUGUAUGACUCAGGGAGGCCUCACAAAGAGCAGUUGCCGGAGCAGUGGGACAACCUGACAGGGAUAAACAGAAUGGUGAUCAUCAGGUGUUUCAGACCGGACAAACUGGUCCCAGCCGUGCAGGACUUUAUAGUGGACAACAUGGGACAGGCCUACAUUGAACCACCAACCUUUGACCUGGCAGGGAGCUAUCAGGAUUCCCACUGUUGCUCCCCGCUGAUCUUUGUGCUGUCGCCAGGGUCAGAUCCCACAGCAGGCCUGCUGAAAUUUGCAGAGGACCUGGAAAUGGGUGGCAGUAAGACCCAGACCAUCUCUCUGGGACAGGGGCAGGGGCCCAUAGCCGCUCAGAUGAUUGAUAGAGCCAUCAGGGAGGGCACCUGGGUGGUCUUGCAGAACUGCCAUUUGGCCACCAGCUGGAUGCCCACUUUGGAGAGGAUUUGUGAGGAGAUCAUCACCCCUGACAACACGCACCCCAACUUUAGGUUGUGGCUGACCAGUUACCCCUCGGAUAAGUUCCCCGUGAGCAUUCUUCAGAACGGGCUAAAGAUGACCAACGAGCCGCCUAGAGGCAUCCGGGCUAACCUGCUGCGCUCCUACCUGAGCGACCCCAUCUCAGACCCAACCUUCUUCAGCAGCUCCCACAAGCAGGAGAUCUGGCAGAAGCUUCUGUUUGGCCUCACCUUCUUUCAUGCUCUGGUGCAGGAGAGGAGGGCCUUUGGCCCACUGGGUUGGAAUAUUCCCUAUGAGUUCAACGAGUCAGACCUGAGGAUCAGCAUCAGGCAGAUUCAGAUGUUCCUGGAUGAGUACGAGGACGUUCCUCUGGAGGCUCUCACAUACCUCACAGGUGAGUGUAACUAUGGAGGUAGAGUGACAGACGACAAGGACCGCCGCCUCCUGCUGUCCCUCCUCUCUAUCUUCUACAACUGGGAGCUCAUCCAACAAGAUGGCUACUGUCUGUGUGAGGGGGGGCUGUACUACAUACCUGCUCAUGGGCCCUACCAGACGUAUGUGAAUUACAUCCGCAGCCUGCCCAUCAAUGCAGAGCCUGGAGUGUUUGGGCUCCACAGUAAUGCAGACAUCACCAAGGACAACCAGGAGACUAACCAGCUGCUGGACGGAGUGCUCCUCACCCUGCCCCGCCAGUCAGGAGGGGGCGCCAAAUCCCCACAGGAAUUGGUGGAUGAGCUGGCAGAAGACAUCCUAUCCAAGCUGCCUGCAGAUUUUGACAUUCAGAUGGUGAUCGAGAAGUACCCUGUGGUGUACGAGGAGUCCAUGAACACUGUACUGAGGCAGGAGGUCAUCCGCUUCAACAGGCUGACCAGUGUGUUGCGUGCCAGUUUGGUGAACAUCCGUAAGGCUCUGAAGGGCCAGAUCAUCAUGUCCGCAGAGCUGGAAAACAUCUUUAACAGCGUGCUGGUAGGAAAGGUGCCCUCCAUGUGGGCCGCCAAGUCCUACCCCUCCCUCAAACCCAUUGGCUCCUACAUCAGCGACCUACUGGCCCGCCUACACUUCCUUCAGGAGUGGAUUGACGUAGGCGCUCCCACAGUCUUUUGGCUCUCAGGGUUCUACUUCACACAGUCUUUCCUCACAGGAGUGUCCCAGAACUUUGCCCGAAAGUACACCAUCCCCAUCGACUACAUCGGCUUUGAGUUUGAGGUGACCAAAGAGGAGAGUCACAUGAGCGAAGAGCCAGAGGACGGGGCGUACGUGCGCGGGCUGUUCAUGGAGGGAGCGCGCUGGGAUAGGGAGAGGAUGGUGAUCGGGGAGUCCUUACCCAAAAUCCUCUUCGACUCUCUGCCCAUCAUCAAACUCAAGCCCGGGGAGAUGUCCAACUUUAAGCACCAGAACAUGUACGUGUGCCCAGUGUACAAGACCAGCGCCCGCAGAGGAACCUUGUCCACCACAGGGCACUCCACCAACUACGUCCUGUCCAUCGAACUGCCCUCUGAGCAGCCGCAGAAGCACUGGAUCAACCGCGGAGUGGCCUGUCUCUGCCAGCUUGAUGACUAG